AUGUCGAGCGCAGGAAACUCCGCUGAAGUCUUCGCCUUCUAUCGCUAUGACCCAAGCAUGGGCGGUGCCGUGCUUUUUAUCCUGCUCUUCAUCGGCACGACCGCAUAUCAUAUCUUCCAAAUGAUCAGGUCCCGCACGUGGUUUUUCAUUCCCUUCGUUAUCGGGGGCAUAUUCGAGAUUAUCGGAUACAUCGGACGCGCCACGUCCAGCAGGCAGACCCCGGAUUGGACACUCGGCCCUUACCUUGUACAGACCCUCUUUCUUUUACUGGCACCCGCGCUUUUAGCAGCCUCGAUUUACAUGUUUCUCGGACGCAUUAUUCUUGUAUUACGAGCCGAAUCCCAUGCCUUGCUGAAGAAAAAGUGGUUGACCAAGAUAUUCGUGACGGGCGAUGUGCUCUCGUUCCUAUUGCAGGGUGCUGGCGGUGGCAUUCAAAGCAGCGGAAACCCAGACAGCAUGAAGACUGGCGAGCGUAUUAUUGUCGUCGGCCUCCUCGUCCAGGUCUUCUUCUUCGCUUUCUUUAUCAUCACAGCCUCCCACUUCUACUGGAAGCUCAAGAGAUACCCAAUCCCACGCUCCUGCUCUCCGGAUAUUCCUUGGUUCAAACACCUCAAGGUACUAUAUGUGACGAGCUUCUUGGUUAUGGUCCGCUCCAUCUUCCGGCUAGUUGAGUACAUCCAAGGGAAUAACGGGUACCUAUUGCGCCACGAGGCCUAUCUAUAUAUCUUCGAUGCAUUGCUUAUAUUCGUGACCAUGGUCAUCUUUAAUGUGAUUCAUCCGCACGAAAUUGGCCAGCUUCUGCGCAACCACACGGACAACGACAUGGCUCCCUUCCCUGACCAGGAAGCAAUAAAGCCAUAUGGAGUGUACCCUGGCGCAUGA